CUUGAGUCAACCAGUCAGAAUCAAGAUAACGUCUCAUGUAUUUCGCGAAAUUUAAAUUCCAGUAAUACUUACCCUAAUUCAGUGAUCUAUGUAGUAUGGAAAAUUUAAGGUUUCUACUUACAGCGUCUCUUUGAAGAUUACUUGUAUUGACCUAUUACAGGACUAUUUUUCAUCUUGGUUGUUUGAUGAGCUAACUAUUCAGAUCACCUCUUAGCAUUGGUCCUAUGAUAUCCAUCAACUGAUGACAAACCAAGUUGUUUUGAAGUAUGAAAAGCUGGAGAAAAUUGGAGAAGGUACGUAUGGUAAAGUUUAUAAAGCACGAAAUCGAGAAACGCAUGAAAUUGUUGCACUUAAACGAGUUCGACUAGAAAACGACGAUGAAGGUAUUCCUAGUUCAGCUUUUCGGGAAAUAUGUCUCUUAAAAGAACUCAAACAUAAAAACAUUGUCAGACUCUUUGAUGUCUUGCUAAGCGAGUCAAGGUUAACAAUUGUAUUUGAAUACUGUGAUCAGGAUUUGAAGAAAUACUUCGACAGUUGUAAUGGUGAAAUAGAUCAGAAUACUGUAAAGCUUUUUAUGUUUCAACUCCUACGUGGUCUUCAGUUUUGUCACAGUCACAAUGUUUUACACCGAGACUUGAAGCCACAAAAUCUACUGAUUAAUGAUAAUGGAGAGUUAAAGUUAGCUGAUUUUGGUCUGGCUCGUGCAUAUGGAAUACCUGUGCGACAAUACUCAGCAGAAGUUGUCACACUUUGGUAUCGACCACCAGAUGUUCUUCUUGGAGCUAAAUUAUAUACAACUUCAAUUGAUAUGUGGUCAGCUGGUUGUAUUUUUGCUGAAAUGUCCAAUGCUGGCAGACCACUUUUUCCUGGUUAUGAUGUUGAUGAUCAAUUGCAAAGAAUUUUCAAAUUAUUAGGAACUCCGACUGAAUCAACAUGGCCAUCUGUUGUUGAACUACCCGACUAUGAACCAUUUACUGUAAUGCAUCCUCGUACAAUGAAUUGGCAUCAAGUGGUCCCAAAAAUGUCACUUCGUGGUCGUGAUUUAUUACAACAACUUGUGGUGUGUAAUCCAGCAGAUCGAAUAUCAGCUGAUCAAGCAUUAAAACAUUCCUAUUUCGAGAGUAUCUAUGAUUAAUAAUUUUUAUUGAAUGAAGAAAUUCAUGAAUUAAUAUCACUUUUCUUCGAAAGUUUUAAAAUCAUUUAAAUCGAUUUGAAAAUCAGAAAACAAAAGGAUGUAAAUGUUUGGUAUAAGAAAUCAAACAACAAAAGCAUGCCAAAUCAAUAUUUACGCUUAAAAGGUGAAAUAAUCCUAGAACUUCUCCUUUAAACAAGAACAGUAUUUUCUACAGACAUCUAUUGUAAAUCUGCAAAUUAUCAUCUUUAUUGAACAAUGAUUGAUUGUUGACAUUUUAGCUUUUCUUCUUCUUGAAAGUGGAUAAAAAAACGUGUAUGUAUAUAUUAAUUUAAACAAACUAUUCCAAUUUAUAUAAUAAUUAUUUUUUCAGUGUUAGAA